ACACACCUUAUAUAUUAGUUCGUCGAAAAGUUCGUCGUGAAAAGUUGGUCGUGUUCGUUAAAAAUCAUUGUAAAAAGGAUUUGAAAUCAAAAGAUGCCGCCAAAACACAAAUCAUCGGAUUUUUGUCCACGAUGUAAGGCAAAGGCCAGGCCUCCACCGGAGAAAGUAAAUUACUGUGGCAUAUGUGGAGGACACCUCAAGGAUGAAAAACCGUCAACAGCGCCACGGCGGCAGCGUAUGCCAGCACCGCAACAGCAUGGUGCUUCAAAUUGGCCAUAAUGGCCAAAUUGGCCAUAAUAAAUUGGCCACAAAUGAAUUGGCCACAAAUGAAUUGGCCACAACAACCACAACAACCACAACCCUGGUUCGAUGCGUUGACCAAUCUGCAGCAACAACAAAUCAGGCUCCAAAAACAACUGCAGCAACAACAGCGGCUGCAGCAACAACAACAGCGAAUGCAACAACAACAGCUGCGGCAGCAACAACAGCAACUGCAGCAACAACAGGAAGCAGAAGAGCAGAAGGAAAAUCUACAAGAGGAGCAAUAAAAACGAUAUAAAAUAAAAAACGAUAUAAAAUAAAAAACGAUAUAAAAUA